GUUUAAUCUCUUAAUAUAAUUCCUUUCGAAAAGUCAACCUGACAACUACAUCAUCAUGGUGGCCGCCAAUACAGUGGAUUUCUAUAGCAAGGCAAACUAUGACACUCACACGAAAACUACCCAACUGAAUGGGGUCGAGCAUCAGAAACUAGGGACUAGCUACCUUUCUUGCAAGCUGGGUGACGGGACCAAACUACUUGUGUGGAAUCAUGAAGACUAUACCGAUAACAAAGAAUUGACCAGCGACCAGUCCAACCUUCCAAAGGACCCGCAUGUACAAUGCUAUCAAGUUCUCAAAGGCACCAGCGCUGUCAUUGGCUUUCGAUUUAAGGAUGCCACCGGAGGGGAAAAGGGCCAAUAUUCUCUUCUAUUGAAACUCGCCAAUAUUGGUGAUGUGAAAGUAUGGUCGGACGAGUCAGACAAAUACGCGCUUGCCGGUGCUGUUCCCCGGGAUGGCACGCUGGUGACAACUGCCUUGUAUGUCCAGGAUAAGAAGACAGGUGGAUAUCCUGUUAUCGGAUCGAUUUAUUUUCAAUGGGACAAAGACCAGAAUAAGGUUGUGGUGGUAGAGCAGGAAGGCUGGCCGAAGAAACAGCUAAAGCAUGAAGACGAUGGACAAAACAACUUCACUAUUACCCUAAUUUCGACUAAGCCAUAAACUGCGAGAAUUGUCGCCAGGAAUUUGGAAAAGGGAAGAAAGAUAGGGAGACAAUCGCAUGGCAGGGCAAGUGGAGGGGACUGUCAUGUAUAUGGUUGACUACGGUUUUCUUUCCUGCCUUAGUAUAGGUUUUGUCCUACCAGUGGGUUUCCCUGUACUGUUAUGCAAAUGCAGAG